UCGCUUUAGUGUUGUGUUUGUAGUGUAUGCGCGCAAAAAUCAUACAUCCAUUGCAUAGGUUUUCGAUUAUCGGUAAUUCAUAUCAUAUCUCGCUUAGUAUUAUUACCCAUAAAUAAUAUAUAGUAAAAUACCAGUGCGUGGGUGUGUGGGUGUGUGUGUGUGGCACCGGUAUGUACGGCGGCAACGAUGGUCACAACAACAACGACAACAGUGGUAGAGUAUGUAGUAGUAUUGGUAGCGAUAAUUUUGGCCGCCGAUAGUCCAGACCAUGUAUGGGGAUCACUGGGCGAUCGACUACCGUAUUAUAAUCGAUGUCUGUACGACUGUAUCGACCGGAAUUGUACUACCGAUGACCAGUUACGGGUGUUUGCCGACAGUCAGCCGAAUUAUAUGGCAUGGAUUGGUUGGGACUGUCGUCAGGAGUGUCAACACCAGUGUCAGUGGCGAACGAUUGACCAGUGGUUAGGAUCGCCGCUAUACAAUGGACACCGAUUGCCACAAUUUUACGGCAAAUGGACAUUUUACCGAUUGUUCGGUAUCGAAGAGCCGGCAUCGAUGAUCUGUUCUGUACUUAAUCUGGUGACCAAUUUGUACGGCUGGAAUCAGUAUCGGAAAUCAGUGGCCAACAAUGACGGUGGCGGCGGCGGCGAUCCACACUUUACCAUUCAGACAGUACAGGCCUUUCUGGCGGUAAACGCCUGGUUUUGGUCAACAAUUUUUCAUACACGCCAGACAUCCAUCAGCGAAAAAUUUGAUUACUUUUCCGCCUAUUCGCUGGUCAUCUAUUCGUUGUACGCAUUGGUCAUACGUGUACUUAUGGACAGUACUUGUAGUAGUAGUGGUAGUAUUAAAGGAUUACCGAUGAUUGCCAGACAUUGGUCAUUGAUUGGAUGGACAGUUGGGCUACCGUUUCUAUCAUUUUUCAUCUAUCAUUGUUACUAUUUAUAUUUUAUACACUUUGAUUACGGCUAUAAUGUUAAAGUCAAUGUUAUUACUGGUCUAUUUAGUUCAAUCGGUUGGCUAUUAUGGUGUUAUUCAAAUCGCCGACAUCAGGGAAAUCAUAUCUGGAAAUGUAUCCUAAGUAUAGGCCUAUUGAAUAGUCUACUACUACUAGAGCUAUACGACUUUCCGCCGGUGGCCUUUAUAUUUGAUGCCCACUCACUGUGGCACCUGGGCACAGCACCCAUACCUAUACUAUGGUUCAGCUUUCUAACUGAUAUUAACAUCAAUAAUAGAUUUAAGUCAAAAAUUUUGUGAUAUUUAAAAAAAAAUACUAAUUUAUAUAUAUAUAUAU